CGCGAGGAGUGAAGUUGUGUGAUUUGUUUUAUUUGGUCUAUUUAGUGUUUCUUCGGGCUUAAAUGUGUAAUAAUGGUGGUUUAUUAACUGUUUAAUAUCUGUGAAAGUGCACAAAUGUGGGAAAAUGAAACAAUAUCGCUGGACGUAGCUUCUCGGGCUCCUCCAAAAAGUCCACUGAAAAAAUCUUAGUAAACGACCACCAUUUUACUGAGAUUAUAUUUCAUCCCAUUUCAUUUCAUUUAAUUUCAUCCCAGUUGAUUAAUGUUUUAAAUUAAUUAUCUUCAUUUCAUUUCACUCCAUAAUAUCAUUUUUCAUAAAAAUAUGAAUAUAAAUUAAAAUAAGACAUGACUUAAAGGUAUCAGUUACCAGGUCGUAAAAUCCCUUUAAAAAAGUAUGCCUUAUUUUCUUUAUAGCAACUGCGGUCGCUCGGAGCUCGAGCUAUUUGCUUAGCGGUAGGCAGCGGCUUGGCUCUGCUCCUGGCAUUGCUGAAGUCCAUGGGCGACAGUAACCACUUACCAUUAGGUGGGCCGUACGCUCGUCUGCCUACAAAGGCAACAAAAAUUUUUUGGGCCGUUUGGUAUAAUAGUUCCUGGCAUUGGAAAACUCACUAUGUCAUAUGUCAAAGUCAAGAUUCAACCAUGUCAAACUCGCAGUGAUAAAUUCGCAGAAGAUAAAACUGCCUUUUUAAAAUUAAUGCAUAAUGUUUUUUCUAAGAUAUUCAACAUUCUUUAAGAAGUGAAAAUAUGUUAUUUAUCGCACGAUAUUGACUUGCUUUCAUUCAAAGCUUUAAAUAAAUUAUUGCCUUUAAAACGCCUCCAAUGUCAACAAUGCCGAAUAAAGAUAAUAUCCGUACACCAACAACUGAGGUUAAACCUUCAAUCAAUCCAGUGCUACAAGUAGUAACAGCUAAAAGUACAAUGGUACCAAUCAAAGUUGUACCUAAGGCGAUGAAAGAGACACCCAUGUCUCCGCCGUCGAUGAGCCCAGCCGACACGGAGCGCACGGAGCUGCUGGGGUCGUUGACCACACAGCAGCAGCAGAGGACCAGCGCAAGGGUCAUCAAGAAGCUAAAACUCGAGCCCCAAGGAGACAAGAGGGUCGCCAAGAGAUCGGAAGGCGCUUCCGAUGACAUAACAGAAUGCGAGACUCCAAACAAAAUUGACGAUAAGGACGCUUUAAAGUUCCCGACGGUCAAACAGCGCAUGCCCAAGGCUCUGUGGUCCACGGACGAAAAGAAUCUAUUCUUCGAGGCCCUCAAUGAGUACGGGAAGGACUUCGAUGCGAUCACGGCGUACAUCCGCGGUAAAAUAAAGAAGAAAGGAAUGCCUGAAGCCAAUAUGAAGACGAAGACCCAAGUCAGCCAUUUCUACUACAGGACCUGGCAUAAACUAUCUAAGCACGUACGUUUUGAUGAAAACGUAAAGAAGGUAGCGCAAGAGCUAUACGCGUUGAUCAACUACGGCGAGCUCCGCAAGAAGCUGGUGUCGGUGAGCGAGAAGACGUGCGGGCGGCUGGACGAGCUGGUGCGGCGCGGCGGGCUGGCGGUGCGCGCGCGCGGACGCACCCUGCGCGUGCGCACGCCCAUGUGCCCAGCACUGCGCGCGCUCAAUCACAUCACCGAGCGCUCGUGCAGUUCGCGCGUGUGCAGCCGCGCGUGCGUGUCGCUGCGGGCGCGCGACGCGGGCGCGUGGGGGCGCGUGCAGGCCGCCGCGCACAACCCGCGCCUGGCGCUGGCACUGCCGCCGCGCGUCUCCCUGCGCGCGCUGCUGCGGGCCCUGCACGCGCGCUGGAAGGGAACCACCAGCUACAAACACAGGGUCUCCGAGAGCGCGGACACGAAAGGUUCAGAGGAGCUGUGCAGAGAUACAGACGAGUACCCCGCCCUGACACAGGGCUGCCCCGAGGACAAAGACGACGAGAAGGAGGAGGACGGACACCACCUCGGCUUGGAAACGGAUCGGGUCAUAGUUCACGAACAGCGACAAGUCAAAAAACUGGCUCUGCACCUGGGCCCCAGGCCUGACGCGGAGAUCCACAUCCCGGUGGUCAGUCCCAGCGAACAGCUGUCCAGCCAGAAGAUCUGCUUCUCUUCGUACCUGGAGAGGAUGGGGAAACUCCGUCGGGACAAGGACGGGGUCGGAGCGAAGAUCCGCACGCCGAAGCGGCUGCGCAAGGACAGCGCCACGGAGAGGGAGCUCGACACCAAGAAAUACAAAACGGACGACAACGAGAAGCUGAUCAACAUCGACGAGACCGCCAUCGACGGCGUGGAGCUCAUGGCCUCCUACAGGCACCACCUCGACGACGAGGAGAAACCCAGCACCGAGGACGAGAAAGAGGCGCCGGAGGAGUACGCCGACCGGGAGAAGGACAUGUCCGAGAGGGAGAAGGACAGCCUGUCCGAGCUGGAGGACGACGACAAGUACAACAAGAGCGACACGGACAACGACAGCGACCCGGGGAGAGCCGACAGGAAGGAGCAGAAGCUGAACAACCUCAAGGUAAAAUUCCGCAUAAGACAAAAGAAACGAGGCGGCUCGAUAUACACGCUGGUCAUGGAUAAGGAUGACGACCCCGGACUCAAGGACGAUACUUUGAAGGUAGACGACGGUAUGAAGGUAGACGAAGAGAUCAAGCCCCAGAUAGACGUGGACACAGCCCUCAAGCAGAUCCGGAGGGGCUGGAGCAUCCACGACGCCGGAGAUUUGACCAUAGGGGAUCUUUAUUUAAUGUUCGGUUCCCGAUCGAAAAUAGAGCUGGACUACUGGUGGGCGGUGCCCACUCCGCCCCUGCCCGGGCCCCCCAGCAUAGAGAAGAAAGACAAGCCUGAAGCGCCGUGCGCGGACAGGAAGGACAGGACACCGGACAAAGGCGACAGCUCUGUGGAAGAUGAAGGGAAAAGAGAGAGUGACAAUGAUAUAUUUUCACCAAAGAACACGUAUAGUCAAGACAGCAACGACGGCGCUUCUGGAGACGAGAGAAAAGGUGAGCAGACCUUAUCCCCGGAGCACAAGUGGAGCGGAUCUUUGAAACUGGUCUCCAAGCUUCUCAACCGCCCGACGCCGGCCGCCUCCGUUUCUCAGAAUGGGUUUGCGCUGCUCAGCGAGAGGCUGAAGCGUCUGCUGUCGAUGGCCGGCAAUCCCGCCGUGCCGCCCCCGCCCGCCGCCGCCUGCCGCUGCCGCCCCCCCGCGCCGAAACCUCCACCCCGCGCGCCCCCCGGCCCCGUGUUCCGCCCCCCCGCUCCCUCUCCCGUCCCGCCCCCCGCCCGCCCCGCGUCGCAGGAGGGCGUGCCCCUGUGGCGGCGCCGCCCCCCUGCCGCCAACAAGCGGGUCGUGGUGCAGCGGCUCCUGCCACUACUGCCUAAACUGCCGCAGCAUACCGAUCUGAUCCCGGUGGAGAUGGUGCCGGGCCCCGCCGCGGCGGCCCCCAAGAUCCUGCCGAAGCCUCCCGUCCUCACCGAACAAAAAACUAACGGGCCGCAGUUCUACGUGCUGAGCGAGUCGGAGGGACAGUUCUACGUGCACGACGGCGGCCGCAGGAUCCCCCUCACCGCCGCCGACUGCAACAACAAAGAUGAAUAUGAUGAAAAUGGCUUAAGCACUGAGUCAAUAAAUUCUGAGGAAGCUACGGAGCCUUCUGCGUGCCCUCAGGAGAAGAGCGCCGCUGAAGACGAACGGGACCCCGGCGCCGGGGACCAGAAACUUGAAGCCAGUAUGGAGAGUUUGCUCCCGUCGGAGUCGAUGUCCCUCUCCCCGUCCCGGCUGCUGCGGGAGGCGGAGGGCUGGCUGGAGGGUUCCGUCCACGACUUCUCGCUCAGCAGCUUCCUCGGGCACCUCGAAGGGAAUAGACCACCGGAAUUAGCGCCGGCCCCCCCCGCGAGCCCGCGCCGCCCCGUGCCCAUCGCGCCGCGGCCGGACUCCGAGGCUCCUCCUCCGUUGUCACUGGAGGGCCUGCCCCCCUGGCGGCGCCGCACUCCUGCCCCCAACAAGCGGGUCGUGGUGCAGCGGCUCCUACCGUUGCUGCCGAAGCUGCCGUCGCACACAGAUCUGAACCCGGCGAAAGUGUCCCCGAGCCCGGCCCCGGCGCCCCCCAAGCUGCUCCCGCGGCCCCCCGCCGCCGACACCGCGCGGGACGGGCCGCAGUUCUACGUGCUGAGCGAGUUGGAGGGGCAGUUCUACGUGCACGACGGCGGCCGCAGGAUCCCCCUCACCACCACCACCUCCGCCGAGCGCAGGGACGAAUCUGACGAAGUUAACGUGAAGAAAGAGGAAACUGAAAGCGUCAGUGAACCCUCGACCUGCCCCCCGGAGCAGUCCCCUGGCGAGGACGAGGGGCAGCCCGCCGGCGCCGACCAGAAGCGUGACGCCGACCUCGGAAGCUUCCUUCCGUCGGAGUCGAUGUCCCUCUCCCCGUCCCGGCUGCUGCGGGAGGCGGAGGGCUGGCUGGAGGGCUCCGUCCACGACUUCUCACUCAGCAGCUUCCUCGGGCACCUCGACGGGAACAGACCACCGGAACUAGCGGUGGACUCCCAGCUGCACUCCCUGAUGGCGGAGUCCAGCGUGGACUACGUGGCCAAGUUCGCCGAUCUCGCCGCAGAGGUCAACGCUCUCGCCCCUGGACUCGACGGCCGCGACGCGCCGCGCCCCGCCGACCUCAAGUGAGGCCCCCCCGUUCGGCGCCCCGGACCUCACAUGGGUCCCCCGCUCGCCGCUGCAGGGACGAGAAACAAGAAUUUAAUUUUAAAAUGACUUUUGAAAUAGUGUAAAUAUUGAUGUAUUAAAUCGCAACAAAUAUUUUAAUUGUGUACGUAACUCUGAGGUGCGCAAUUUUAAUUAAAUAUCAAACAACAAAGA